AUGUCCGUCUCAUUCCACAUUUCCAGCACUGAUUCACGCCUUCUCUUACCCGCCAUGGCGGAUUGCACUUGUACAUUUUACCCUCCAGCAACACUGCAAGUGCUUCCUCUGGCCAAGGCUGCACCCCCCAAGUUAACCUUUGUUUGUUCCUCCCAAAGGGUUCUACCCAUUGAGGAGCUUCAACUCAGUGAUGGUGAUGAUGCUGAUUCCUCAGAUGUUGGUCUUGAUUACUCUGAUUAUUUGAACAAUGGGGAUGGGGUGGUUGGCUUUGGUGAUUCCCUCAGUGAGGAGGUGCUCAAGGAGAGGAUUAGAAGAAUGAGAAUAGGGCUGGCAAACAAAGGGAAAGUGCCUUGGAACAAAGGAAGGAAACACAGUGCAGAGACCCGGGAGCGAAUCAGGCAAAGAACUAUAGAGGCUUUGAGGGAUCCUAAGGUAAGGAAGAAGAUGGCCGAACAUCCCCAUUCUCAUAGUGAUCAAACCAAGGCAAAGAUAAGCAGUUCACUGAGACGUGUUUGGCAUGAGCGGCUGAAGUCAAAACGGUUAAGGAAGGAUAUUUUGCUUUCAUGGACACAAAGCAUAGCAAAUGCAGCCAAGAAAGGAGGGAUUGGUCAGGAAGAGCUAGAUUGGGAUAGCUACAAUAAGAUAAAACGACAGUUGGAGCUCCAUCAACUUAUGCUGGCCAAGGAAAAGCGAAGAAAAAAGCUGAUGGCAGUUACUGGAACAAAGAAUAUCAUCCUGACAUGGAGGGAAAACAUAGCCAAAGCAGCUAAGGAAGGAGGAAGUGGGGAACAAGAGCUUGACUGGGAUAGCUAUGAAAAGAUACGAGAAGAAAUGAUUCACAUGCGUCAACUUCAGCGUAGUGUAGAAAAGGCAAAGGAAAAAGAGUUGGCAAGGGUAAAAGCAGAGAAAGCAGCACGGAUAAAAGCAAUUAAAAGGGUAAUCCUUACUCAGAAGAGAAAAGAUCAAGAAGAGAGGACUAAAUUGAAAGGGAAUAUAACGAGUCAUCGCCGAAGAAAUACUAAGAUUCACAUAAGUAAGAACAUCAACGGUGACAAAGACAGAGAAGGAGACACUUUUAAUUGCAUUUUUCCAGCCCAGAAUAAAUUGGAUUUAGAGCUUAUCAAGAGAGAAAAAAUUCAGAAAGAAGUAUCGCUUGCAGAUCAGAUCCAAGCUGCUAGAGACAAAAAAGGCAAACUACACUAG